UGGUUUGAAAUUCACAGCUGUAGUGGAAGGUUCAGUUCAGAGUAUUUGUUGCUAAGGGAUUUGAUCCGGCUACACUUCAUGCUUUCCAGACCCGAACACGUUGGCUUAGUGUAGUUCUGGUUUCACAGAGUUUACUAAUCCAGCCUUCUGGAAUACAUCGGUCCUCCAUAAUUUGUUUACGUCAUAUUUCGUAUAAAUUCACUGAGCCAGUUGAAGAGUAGGAUUACUUUUGAUGAAAAGCUUGAUGUUCCUUUACAGCAAUUAGGCUACUUUUGAAAAUAUAAACAUAUAUUUUAUAUUAAAGAGACGCGUGUCUCUAGUCAAUGCACUUUGACAACAUCCCUAUUCGUUUUGGAAAGAGCGCUCCUCCCUCACCGCGUUUUCCCGUUUACCUCGCACCCACAGACCGGUUUGCCAUGUCCGCUUAAUAAAACUUCCUCAAUGAAAUGAGCAAUCACAAAAACCUUUCUUGCCACACCUGUUAAGCAACCCAUUCGAGUUUCGCUCACGAUCUAGUGUGAAAAAUACCAGGAACAGCAAACGUAUUUACUAGCUUGAAACAUCCUACUUGAAUCUCAUUGAGCAGCAGUUGUCGGACAUCAGGUAAAAGCGAUGGACUUAAUGUUGAGACAUAAAGUUAAAUAGAAAGACAAGACAGUCAAUAAUUGCAAAUACAACACAACCUAGGCAGUAAUAUUAUACAGACAAACACUGAGACAGACAGGCACAGAAACAGUGAUGUCAAAGCACUUGACUUUCAACCCAGAGCCAGAUGGGUGUGCUGCUCCUGGAGCAUGGGAACAACAGGGCCUGGAGCACAGAGCAAUGGACGAAGAGCAGAGAGAAACGGCUGAGAAACAAGAGGAGGAAGUAGAGGCAAACCACUCAGCUGCCUUGGAGCCCAGCACUCUGACAUGGCCGGAAGACCGAGGAAAGGAGCGAGAUGGAGAGAAAGGAGUUGUUGCCUCUGGUGGAGGAGCUGAAGGGAGCGCAGGGAGCCAAGAGUGUUUGCAAGGACAGGAGAGCCAGCCAGAGGAUGAGCAAAAGACCACAUGGAGAAAUAGCAUGCCGGAGGGAGACCGAUGGAGGGAUGAGGAGGUGGAGGGAGGGCAAGUCAAACAAACGGAUGGUACACUUGCAGAUGAUGAAGACGACAAUGACAAGGAGGAAACUCAAACUAAUUGGAUGCCAGAGAAGGCUGCGCAGGUUUUCACUCCAACAGUGAUCGUGCGUCCGUCAAGCAAGCUGGAAGAAUUUCCGCUGAAGGAUAGCCACUAUGGGGAGAUGCAUAAUGCGAAUAGUCAUUUCUUAGAGCCCCAGAUUCAUACAGCCCUGCCAGUACAGUACAACCCACAGUGGACAGAGGAACCAGACCAUUACUUAUAUGUGUGUGGUGGUUGCGGGGACGUUCUGAAACAUGGCCUGGGCAUCGGUGCUGCAGCUGUACUCUUCCCUCUACUCGUGUGGGGCGGCUAUACGCUCCUGCCCUUUGACGUUCCGCCGGUGGACAGCGCGCCUCUCAGGCUGGUGUACACACUGCGCUGCUCCUUCUUCGCUGUUAUACCCAUCAUGCUAGGGGUGCUGGUGCUGGGAGUGGUGCGGCUGCGCUACGGGGCCCUGAAGCCCCUCCAUGAGAGCAAGGUCGGGGAGGAGAGGUGGGAGGUGGCGGUGCACCGGCACUAUGUGGGCGACUCGCUCUCCCUCUUCCUGCUCUACUUCCUGCAGCUGGCCGUCAUGGCCACCUACAUCAGCCAGGACCUGCUCAAGAUGGUGCCCCUGCUCACCAUUGUGUUUGCCUUUGGCAGAACGAAAACGGCCAUGGCUUUUGUAGAGAGGAAGGUGACACUGCAUAGUGGCUGUGGAGGGGAAGAGCCUAGCGCACAGAUGUGGCUUAUCUACUGGGUGUGUGCGUCCCUGGGAAGCAGCGUGAGGAGUGUGGGGUUCGGCCUCUCUUUUCUGCCUAUACUGGUCAUGCUGGGUGCCAACCUCUACUUUGUGUGCGUGUCACUCCGUGAAGGGGCAGUCUUUGACGUGGCCCCACCCACCACCGCCCCACUUCCCAGGCAGAGGUGGUGGGGGUAAGAAAAUAGUCCCAGUCCUUGAGCCUAAAACAACCACAGCCCACACUCAAACAUGUGUAGUGCUAAAUAUAUCAGAUAUAUUGUAAUACAUAAAUUCAUGUUGCAUUUUGAUAAUCAUAGGGCACAUACAGUAGACAAACAUUGUGUAACCUUGCUGAGAUGUAUUCCUUAUUCAACAUUUUGAAAGUCUGUUCUAUACAGAAUAUAAACACGCUCUCCAAUGUUUUGCCCUACUGUAGUUUCAGAAGUUGUCUGCAUACAUUCAGUUCUACACAAAUGCAGUGACAUUUCUUUCCCAUUCCCUUAAAAUCAAUCAGCUUUAUCUGCUUGGCAUUCAACGUCACCUAGAACAUAAUGGAUUGUUUAUGGUGAGAUGGACAAUGCAAUACAAUGAAUUCAAUCUAGCCCUAGUUAGCUACCUCAUGGAAGUUGCCUGUAGUUGAAGGACUGUCUGAUAUGACACACAUUGAGCCAAAGAUGAAUGGAAUAGCUAAUUAGACCUGAGGCCUUAGUCGUGUUAAGUAGUUUGUCAGUUUUCCUGUUUGUUGAACUUGUACAGUAUUAACAAGUCCUUACGUGGUGUUCUGUUCCAAUCUCACGGUUCGCUGAACACUGGUUGAUUGAGCGCCUCACUGGACAGCUGCGUUAGACACUGACUAGGCAGUACUUCCUGAAGUGGGAGUCUUCCCUCUCCAUAAGUCAUUCAAACUUAUGAAGACUUCCGUGCCAAAUUUGCUGCCCCUUUGUGAAAGGCUGUAACAUGUUUAACAUAAUAGAUCAUAUUUAAUUAUAAUUCUGCUGUGCAAUAUGUACUACAUUUAAUUCCCUAAAGAAUUUAGUACUCACUGAAUGGUAUGAUGUAGAAGAUGAGUUGAUUUCUUUAAUGUCUACAAUAUACAAUAAUGUUCAUUAUCUGUACAGUAGCUUAAAUUAUGGAGGUUUUGUUUAUUUAAUCCAGCUUAUUGUUGUAUUCCUUGUGGACAUUGAUCUUUUAAAAAGGUUUACAAAUGUUAUGUUAUUCAUAAUAAAGAAGCUAAUAUUUC